AGGGGUGUGGGUAGUGGCUGGGGGUGACAAAUGGACAGACUGGCUUCCUCAGGGGAAGGCAUGCAGCAACAGCAGGAACCAAAUGUCACUUGUGAGGCCACUCCCGAUUUAUGGGAUCUAGUGCAAAGACUUUGAAGAGGCAAUAAAAUUCAUUUUCUGCUAGGAAAUGACAACAGCUGAGAGUCCUGACUUAGCAAACCAAAUUCCACAAUUUUGUUUUUACAAGUAAGGAGUUCCGGAUGGGUAGCAAAAAUCACGUUCCAAUGAGAUUAGCUUUCCAGAAUAGGAAUAAGCUUUCCCAAGAGUGACAUGCCAACACCCCAUGGAAAGUGUAUAUAAAUGCCCCAGAGAGGCCUUGAGAAUCCAGAACCAGAGCUCCUUGCUAAGCUUUGAGUUUCCUCUGCUAGCAUCAUGGCCACCCAGAUCUGCUCCCCGAUCUUCUCCUCUGGGUCUGUCAGGGGCCUCUGUGGCACAGCAGGUGGCAUCACUCGGGUGUCCUCUGUCCGCUCUGUGGGCUCCUGCAGGAUCCCCAGUCUUGCCGGUGCUGCGAGGUCGGCCUCCUCCAUCAGGCUGGGCCUCUCUGGCUUCGGGACCUGCUUGCCCGCCUCCUGCCUGUCCACCGGGUGCUACCCCUCUAGCUUUGUUGGGAGUGGCAGUUGGUUCUGCGAGGGCACCUUCAAUGGCAACGAGAAGGAGACCAUGCAGUUCCUGAACGACCGCCUGGCCAACUACCUGGAGAAGGUGCGCCAGCUGGAACAGGAGAAUGCGGAGCUGGAGAGCCGCAUCCGGGAGUGGUACGAGUCUCAGAUCCCAUAUAUCUGCCCAGACUACCAGUCCUACUUCAGGACCAUCGAGGAGCUCCAGCAGAAGAUCCUGCUGACCAAGGCUGAGAACGCCAGGCUGGUCCUGCAAAUUGACAAUGCCAAGCUGGCUGCGGAUGACUUCCGGACCAAGUACGAGACGGAGCUGGGCUUGCGGCAGCUGGUGGAGGCCGACACCAAUGGCCUGCGCAGGAUCCUGGACGAGCUGACCCUGUGCAAGGCCGACCUGGAGAUGCAGGUGGAGUCCCUGAAGGAGGAGCUGCUCUGCCUCAAGAAGAACCACGAGGAGGAAGUCAACGUGCUCCGUGGCCAGCUUGGGGAUCGACUGAACGUGGAAGUGGAUGCCGCCCCCUCAGUGGAUCUCAACAAGAUUCUGGAUGAUAUGAGAUGCCAAUAUGAGACCCUGGUGGAGAAUAACCGUAGAGACGUGGAGACCUGGUUCAACACCCAGACCGAGGAGCUGAACCAGCAGGUGGUGUCCAGCUCGGAGCAACUGCAGUCCUGCCAGGUGGAGAUCAUCGAGCUGAGACGCACAGUCAACGCCCUGGAGAUCGAGCUGCAGGCGCAGCAGAGCACGCGGAAUUCCCUGGAAUCCACCCUGGCGGAGACUGAGGCCCGCUACAGCUCCCAGCUGGCCCAGAUGCAGGGCCUGAUCACCAACGUGGAGGCCCAGCUGGCAGAGAUCCGCUGCGACCUGGAGCGGCAGAACCACGAGUACCAGGUCCUCCUGGACGUCAAGGCACGGCUGGAGUCGGAGAUCGCCACCUACCGCCGCCUGCUGGAGAGCGAGGAUUGCAAGCUGCCUGCCCAUCCCUGUGCCACGGAGUGCAAGCCUGCCAUCAGAGUUCCUUAUGUCUCCACGGUGCCCUGUGCCCAGGCUUCCCAGGUCAGCGCCCAGAUCCGCACCAUCACCGAGGAGAUCAGAGACGGGAAAAUCAUUUCUUCCAGGGAACACCUGCAGCCCUGCCCACUGUAACCAGCCCGCCCGACCCACCGGGGCAGGCCCUGGCCCACAGGAAGGAGGACACCCCUGUGGCUCCUGGCUCUCAACCACCCCCACCUUCCCUAAAGGCGCUCCCCGCUCAGCAGGUUUUUCUACCAAAAUCCUUCUUAUGUUGUGUUUCUGGACUUAACUGCUUUUACGCCACGUAAAACUAGGUUUCCCUGGAAAUAUCCCCAAUAAAGUGUGUUCUCUUGGCAUAGCAAACU